UUGAGACUGGCGGCAGGGCGGCUGCGUCGAAUUCUAUUUGUUGCUGUGGCGAUGUGGCCACAUGGCGUUGCCAAUAGCAACACAUGUAAUUGUUGCAAUAACGAACAAGUGCGCCGCAUUCGCUGACUCCUAGACAGUACUUAAUGUUAACCGUCCUUAAUAUUUAAUGUGUGAUACAUGAUGAAAUCUGACGAUAAAUUUAAAAGUUUAUCCCCGUCACCGAUUUCAGUACUGGAAAGUACUCGAAAAGACUUCGAAGCCCUGCUUGGAAGUACAAAUUCGUCGAGUGAAGAGGACAAGGUGAAAAAAACAAAACAAACUAAUCAAACUAGGCGACAGCGAUUAAAGAAGCAGGAAAAACACCGCAACAGUGUAAAAGAACAUGUAGAGCUACAUGAGCUUCCUUCAGGACAACAAACAGCAAAAAAUAGUGCCCAGCAGGGCAUUGUGCAAGUCAAGUCAUCUCACAGCAACCCCGCCUUUUGGUAUGAAGAUGAACAACAACAUGAGAGGAGCAGCAACUCCAGCUCUUCAUCCUCUAAAAAAUCAAAAGAUCUAAGAGAGGGGAAAUGUCAUGAUACUUCUCCAAUAAUUGUGCAGUCAUCCAUGACUGGGGAAACAGUCCAAAAUGAAAGCCCAAUCUCAUCUAAUUUGAGCAGUGAUAAUGAAACUAGUGAAAAGAUUGUAAGUGUUGCAACAGCUGCAUCUCGGUCAAGAGGUUCACUUUUAUCAUCUUCUUCAGCUAAAAGUUAUAUUAAAGGAAAAAGUCAUAGGAAUCAACAAACACAGCAACAGUCUAUAGGUGAAAGCCCAUGUUCAUCAUUGAAUAGUCACCACAUGGAAGUGAGGAGUGAUCAUGAACCAACAGCUGAGUGUUUGCCAUCAGUGCACAGUGUAAUGAAAGUAGUUGUUCACCAAUGUGAAAGAUUAAUUUUUGAUCAACCAAAAAGUAAACCCUUGGUUGUAGUCCAUGCUGUCAGUUGCAAGACGGGCCGUUACAUCUUAAACAACAAAGUUCCUGUUCCCCCCCAGUUUACGGGGGCCUGGGUUCAUCAAGCGUUCAAUUCUAAUACUGUUCCUGAGUGGAAUCAAGAAAUGAUUUUUGAAUUAGAUGAGGACAAAUAUUUAUCAGAUAUUAUUUUUUUGUUCGAGUUAUUAAAUGAACCCAAUACCAACAUUAGUUCGCUGCUGGCUUGGGGUUUCUUGCGACCCAUAUCUAGGAUUGGUGUCAAACAUUUGAACAAGAAAAUUCAACUUCAGUUGUAUAAAGUACCAUUCCGUCGCCUUUUUAAUCAGCCGUCAAGACCGAAUAUCUCUGACCUAUUUGGUUGGUUCAACAGCGUGCAGAAAGAGAAAUAUCCUGCCACAUUAUACGUCACACUGGUGUCUUCUAAAAGUUCUAAUUUGCCAGCUAUGCAAGAAGAAACUCGAUUCAGUGUAGCCAGCCCACUGCGAGGAGGCCGACUAAGCGGACAGGCAUUUAAGCUACCAACCAGGCGAAGUUUUACAUACGAGGCCUCAGCAGGGGCCCUAAUGGCUUGUUACAGAUCCGAUGGAUCAUCCUUAGCCAUCGCUUUGACAAACGGAGACAUCCUGAUCUAUCAAAACUCGACGAUAUCCUUACAUCUUAAAGGACAUCGCGGCAACGUGUACGAUCUGCACUGGAAUACGAAUGAUCGUGGACAGGGUUGGCGUUUACUAUCAUGCGGUUCAGAUUGUACUGCUCGGGUUUGGAAUGAUACAAAUGACGUAGUUCUGCCUCAUCCUGCUUAUGUGUAUUGCGCCCGCUUCGGAGAUUCAGAUCGAAUUGUCACAGGAUGUUUUGAUCAGAUGAUACGACUAUGGGAAUUAAAUUCGUUAUCUCCCCAACUGAUAGGUACUUAUUUGCAGCAUGCAGCACCAAUUAACAGCCUCUGCUGGGAUUCCCACGGACGACUAUUUAGCGCCGAUGCCAUAGGAUCUAUUUGUGUAUGGGACUAUGAUCAUUCUGGUUUACGCUUUGAACGGACUCUCAAUGAAAGCACUGAUGAAUAUCAAAGUCAAACCCCUAUAAACUGCCUUAGUUUUCAUCCGUCUGGCGGCAGAUUACUAGUCCACUAUAGAGGAAACAAAAUAUGCCUAUUAGAGCCAAAGUCUGGUCGUCACUUAGUUACAUACACUGGCAUUUAUAACCCAAGACUCAGACUUAUAAGCAACAUCAGCCCGUGUGGGGGUUUCGUGGUAUCCGGUAGCGAGGAUGGCUCGGUUCAUUGGUUUGACUUGGAGCGGGGAGAUUUGGUAGCUGUAGCUACUUUACCCAUGUCUAGAGCUCAUCCCAUCAUGGCUGUCGCAUUCCAUCCCAGCGAUCACACUGUAGCAGUAUGUUCGUUGAGUUCUGAAUGUUGUUUUACUCUUUUGGAAUUCAACAAAGCUGAUAGUCACACCCAGGGAUUUUCUAUUAUCACGUUUCCCCGCACGGUUCAAACUGCUGUUUCUCCUUCAGAAAAUGGUUUUAGAAAAAAUAGUCUCAUCCAGCGGGCUAACUGUACGCCCACAUUAGACAAAUUGGAAAGAAUUUUCCGUAAAUUAGAUCUAGUCAUGGCUUGGUCUGAAUCCCACAAGACAUCUUUAGAAAAUGAAGAUCAUAUUUAAGGUUCGACUCAGGUGUACUGUGUACAUUAUGUGUCUAAUGAAUUAAAACUGAAUUAAAAUGAUGCCUUAAAAUAUGAUAUGAAAAUGUUCGUUUCUGUCCCCAAGCCAGCUCAGAAGUAAGAAGUAAAGACUCUUUUACCAGAAACUGCUUUUAAAAUUGCUUAAAUGACUGUUUUUACCGUUUCGUCCUGCAAUCUACAGGUGAGACAGUACUUUGCGUAAAAAUCGAUCCGUAGUCGUUAGGGUUGUGUCUGGUUUAACUGUUUCCAUAAUAUGACUAUUUUGUUGUUCGAAGCUACGUUACUACCAGAACUACGCUAUUUGCUUAAGGAGAGGAAUCCACAAACAGAAUCAUUACAAGUAGCCGAUUUCUCGCACUCGGAGUGCUAUCGCGAGCGAACAGAUGUCUUAGCGUUGAGAGGGCGGAGUUUUCUUGGUUACCUCCUUUUCUACUCAUUUUGAGACCAAGGCAGAAUAAUGGAGUAGCUUGACGGACGUUCAAAAUAUUGGCUACUAAAAUCGAAAUCAGAAACGAAAGUCAAACAUUCAUUCCAAUGGUACUUCAGUGAUCCCACAUCCAAGUCAGUUGCAUCUACCGAACGGUUCGGAAUUACUCGUAUGCCGAACAUGCGGGUGCCUCUGUGUACUUGGCUGCCGUCCUGAAGCCUGAACUAGUUCUCGAAUUUUUGAAUGCCAGCAACAAAGAAGAGUUGAACCAUGAAGGAAGAAUAGAGGGGAUGCCACUCUUGUAAACCUCAGUAGAAAAUUUUGGUACCAUGAUGUGACUUGCUUGCGGUACUUUUUCCUACUACUAGUUGAGGAAGAAAAAGCCAAGCCAACCACGUGAAAAUUCGUUACGCCAGUAAGUGACUGUUCCGCAUCUAGUAGCAGAAAAGAGUAACCUUUCCUCCUUAAGCCACUGAUUCAUCUUUAAACUGGCAUCUGGCGGACAAAAACUGGAGCGCUCUAAAGCUGUUUUGUGGUGCCUACUGUUUACGCACCCCAAGAUGUUUCAUUUGUCAGGCUUUGUUGUAGUUGGAAAGUUUCAUUGCCGUCUACUGAAUAAGUAAAAUAUUGCUGAAGCAACCACUGCUGCAGGACUAUAGGAUAGCAUCAAAGAAUGCAGUUGGAUGAGAGGUUUGAUAGAGAAGCUUCUAAAUGACGGUGGGUUUGUUAGAGGUAUAUUACUGAAUACCAUUGGUUAAAAUUUGUGGCAAAAGUACAUUGCAUGGGGAAAAUGCAAUCCUAACAAUGUUGGAGAUCCCUUUUUUCAUGCAGGAAGCCUUGCCAUUUACAUUUUUGGAUCCCUGUUAUAAUCAAGGGAAUAUUGAUAAUUUCAGUGCUUAAGAUAUACCGCAAAAUGGUUCCUUCGCCCCCUUACCCGUCAGGUUGCUUCAGCACACAGAUGUUGCAUUCGCGUACCAACCUCAGCUAAGAGAUGACGAUUGCAUAACCUGUGCGUAAGGGAUUUUUGAACAAACAUGAAGCAUUGCCCAAGGAGAAUGGUCUAACGCCGGUUUGCGGUAAAUUGUUCUCGUGAGUAAAGGCACGUUCACGAACACUUUCUGGUGUUACAUUGUAGAGUUGUGAUAGGAAAUCCCUAGUUGUUUAUAGGAAAAAAUUCGGGAGUAUGUAAAAAUAGAUUUCGACCGACACAGUGAAUCAAUGGCUGAAGGAACUAUGGGAAUGGCUGCAGGAAUGUCGGAUCAAAGAAUUGAUACAUUAACUUCUGAUUGAUGGUGACACUUGCUUCAAGAAUCCGUACCCGUCAGAUAGGAGCUACGAGAUGGUGGUUGCAAAAGCAGUGUAUAACUUGUGCGCAACGAAUGUUGUCAAACAAGCAUGGCUGAAGGAGUUCGGUUUAACACCAGUUUUGGAAAAUGUUAUCGAGCAUCAUUGACUGAAGGAACUAUGGGAAUGGCUGCAGGAAUGUCGGAUCAAAGAUUUGAUGGAUUAACUUCCGAUUGAUGGUAACACUUAGUAGACAAGGAAUUCAGUGGGAGGAAGGCAAUCCCAACCAUAUUGGAGAUCCCACUUAUCAAUUAUCACACAAUAAAUUUUGGAAAUUAAGGUGUCUAAGGAUUUGAACAUAAGUUUGUUUUUUAUGCAGUUAGUUUGAACAUGUAAUUUUUUUCCAACGAUAAAAUGAUGGAAUUGAAGCAAAUGAGACGUUUGGUUUGGCAUUAGAAACUGAACCAGUAUGGAAGUUACUUGUUCUUUCUUACCAACUUACUGGUGGAUGGAAAUCAGUAGCCCUGAAAGGUAGCAGACCAUGGAAUGCUGAUGAAUCAUCUGUGAGGGGCUAUCACCUUGACAGCUUAAAUUGGCAAAAUAUUCUGGUUACUGAGAAAUAUUUGUGAAGAAAUUUAGCAAAACCAAUAUUCUAGUUCUUUGUGACAUUUAAUAUUCCUGAAAAUGGCUGUAUCUGAACAAGAUCAAGCAAGCUUAUGAACAAACAACUAUGGAAAGCAGUUAAUCCAGGAACUAAUUCUAAGGAUAAACCAAACAUGAAACACUUGUUUUAUAAACAACAUGCAGCAUCUAGGCACUUCGCCAUUGAACGAUACUUUUUGAAAGAGCUACAUUGGGAUCAAUUGAAGAAAAAAAGCUAAAAGAUGCCGUUGAUUACUUGAUCGGUGUCGGUGUCUGAAUCGUUACGGAUGAUAUGCUGUGGCCAUUGAAAAUACCACCUUGAGAAGAACAAAGAUGAUGAUGUUUGUUGGGAUUGUCUUGGCGAUGGGAGUGUUCCCGAAAAUAGCAUGGAGUCAGAUUAUGAGAAAAGAAAUUAUUUUGAAUGUGAUGAUAAGAUUUUUUUCUAUGUGGGAUUGUUAAUCAUCUUUUUGGAUAGUCUAAAGCAGCUUGUGUUUUAUUCUGCAUCUGGCCUAUUCAAAACGUUUGAUGGAUUGUAAAUUGAUCCCUCCCUUUAUUCAUUGGUAGCUAACCAAUGAAUAAUGGAAAUUGCUUGUUCUGUGUUACCAACUAACUCCUGGAUAGGAAACAGUAGACAUGAAAGAUUGUUGAAUACUGAUAAGUAAUCUGUGGUUGGAAAUGAACUUGACACCGUAAAUUAGCAAAAUAUCCUUGGAGUGAAAAACACAUGAAGAAGUAUAGCAAACCAAAACUCAAUGUUCAUUGGCAUGAUAUUCCACCAUUGUUUCUACGUUUUGUAAUUGUCCACGUCAACAGCAUGAUUCAUCUUGUGCAUUACUGUCACCAUUACGAAGGAGAUUCUUCGAGUACCCGUUAUGCUCAACUAAGUCUUGCUCAACUUGGUCUAGGCUGAAAAUUCUGUUCAGCCCAUGUUUUAUCAUCAGUGUCUUCCAAAUAGGUGAAACUAUUCAGGAAGUAACCAAACGUUAUUGGUGAUGUCAUUGCAUGCGAGUUUCUUUUACGUUGAUAAAAUAAUUUAAGUGAAACGGGAAAGGAUGUUGAUGGGGUAUGGGUGUUUAAAAAAACUUAUAUUGGAUGUGUGGGAGGGCACUCUUUUGUUUUUUAGCUUUGUUUUUGUAUCUGAAUUUGUUUGUUUGUUUUUUUUUUCUUAUAACCCCUUUCGCCUUUUUAAAAAUGUGGCUGUUACGGUUUUGGGCUAGUGGAGUAGAAUGAGUUAAAAUCAGGGUUGAAAUCUGUGCGAAAAAUCGGCGAUAAUAUUCUAGCAUAAACCGAUUGUUUGCAUUGGCCUCGUCUCGAAAAAUUGUCAAACCGAUGUCGGAAAAUUCUGCCCCGAUAUGUGAACUCCAUUUGCCUUGGGGCUAAUUGGUGUAUACCCUUUCCAUUUUCGCCUCAACUUUGUAUGUAAACGUAUGAUGGAUCGAUAAUAAAACAUUUAGCAAAAAUUA